GUGUUUUCCCAACUCCUGCGUAGUGUCAACACACGCAAAAAGAUUGCAAUACAAUAAGUAAGAGUUGGAAUAAUUUAUCUAAUUUUACAUUUAAUAAGCUUCUAUUGUUAGACUCUUAAACAUAAUGAAGGUCUUUGUAACAGUUCUGCUUGUCUGUGUUGGUCUAGUUGCAGCAGACAAUUGUUUUACAGGAUGUACCUCCAGUAGUGAGUGUCCAAUUGGUUGGUCAUGUCAAAACCUCAAUGGAUGCGCCUCUAAGUGCUACCCCUCUCGUGAGUUACUCGCUCAAACUACUAACGUCCCUGUUACAAGACAGAUAUUCUGUGCUGCACCAUGCAGUGCUAACAUCCUAUUAAGACAACUCGGGCUGGGCUCGUGCAACCCUGGCUACAUCUGCAUGUUCGAUGGAAUAUGCCAUUCGUGCCUGAAAGUGUCCGAUAUUAUCUCAACGUAAAGAUGUGUGUCAUCAUAAGAGAGUGAUUAUAACAUGAUGGUAAGAUGAUGUCAUGAUGGUAACUGAUCGUGAGACACUUUGGACGUUGAGCGAGCGUCUUGUCUUCUUGACCUAAUUUGACGACGCAGUCAACUGUCACCAACCAAUGUUCUAUUCACAUGUUAUGUCUAAAAUACCACAAUAAAUAUAUAUAUAUUAAGUCAAA